ACGUCAGCCAUGUCUCUCAAGGUGAUCCUCGUAGCGUGUGUGGCCGCAGUGGCUCUGGCCGAUAAGGCUCCCGUGUACCAUCAGCCUCCUGUUUACGCCGCACCCACGUACCACGCUCCCGAACCCGUGUACCAUGCCCGUGCCCACUACAAGGAGCCAGAGUACCCCACCGUCCCCCCGAAGUACAACUACAACUACGGCGUCGCCGACGGCUACUCCGGCGUCAACCUCGGCCACUCGGAGUCCCGCGACGGCUACAAGACCGAGGGCAGCUACUCCGUCGACCUCCCCGACGGCCGCAAGCAGACCGUCAAGUACGUGGACAACGGCGACGGUUAUGUGGCUGAGGUCAUCUACGAGGGCGAGGCUCAGUACCCCGAGUACAAGCCCACCUACAAGCCCGCUCCCUACCACGCUCCCCCCAAGUACCCCGUGUACUAAGGAGGACUACACUCCCACGCAAGACAACUUUCUCUCCCUCUCAACCCAUCCGUCGUGGGUGCCAGAGCAUGACGAAAGUUUAUGAUGGCACUGCAGGGGUGGCCUGAAAUGUGAUAUUAUUUAAAUUCAUUCCAAUUUAUAAUAAAA